AUGCUGAUCACGCCGCUCGGCGGCGGCAGCGAGGUGGGCCGCUCCUGCGUCCACCUGAGCUUCAAGGGGCGCAAAGUCCUAGUAAGCAUCCCCGAAACCCUAGCUUCCCCUUGUCCGCUCCUCUGCUCCCGCUUGUCCGGGGAAUCUGACCCACUCCGUGCUCUCCAGUUCGACUGCGGCAUCCACCCGGCAUACCUCGGCAUGGCGUCGCUGCCCUUCUUCGACGAGAUCGACCCCGCCGCCGUCGACGUCAUAGACUUCCACCAGACGUUGCAAGUUAAUGGCAUACGCUUCUGGUGCUAUACUGCAGGCCAUGUACUUGGAGCUGCCAUGUUCAUGGUGGAUAUUGCUGGCGUUCGCAUUCUUUACACUGGUGACUACUCCCGUGAAGAAGACAGGCACCUGAAAGCUGCUGAGAUCCCCCAGUUCUCCCCUGAUAUUUGCAUUAUCGAGUCAACUUACGGGGGCCGUGUUCUUAUCCCGGCAUUUGCUCUUGGUAGAGCACAGGAGCUGCUGCUUAUCCUAGAUGAGUAUUGGUCCAACCACCCAGAGCUCCAUAAGAUUCCAAUCUAUUACGCCUCCCCUCUUGCGAAGAAUUGUAUGGCUGUCUACCAGACAUACAUAAACUCCAUGAAUGAUAGGAUCCGCAACCAGUUUGCACGGUCCAAUCCCUUCCAUUUCAAGCAUAUUGACCCUUUGAAUAGCACUAGGAAACAUGCCCGUGCAUUGCAACGGGGAUAA